UUGGUAUAAAAAAGGAAGAUAUUUCUCUAAACAUAAGUUUGGAGUUGGACGAUGGCAUUUUUGUAUGAAAUUUGGUUAAGGGGGUCUGUAAAGCCCUAAACUAGGCGGUUAUUACUUUUAACGAAAUCUUUUAUGUAAUCACCGGUGGACAAUUUUCCGGUGCCUCCCGUGUCCGUACCCAAAAUCCCAGAAAUCUUUCAGCUUUUCCAUCCCGAAACGUAUCGAUAAAAAUGGCGUUUAGAGGAAGAGAAAUGAUUAAUAACAUAAUGAAAAAGGUAGGAGAGAAGAACUUGGCUCCGGGAGUGAAAGACUCUCUGAAAAAAUAUGUGCCCGACUCUAAAAUCGUAAUGGGUCGGGCCAAACGGGGCAUAUUCGCCGGUCGUCAUAUUCGAUUCGGCAAUAGCGUCAGUGAAGACGGAGGAAACAAGACAAGGAGGACAUGGAAGCCGAAUGUCCAGGAUAAGCGACUUUUUAGUUACAUCCUAGACCGUCAUAUUCGAGUGAAAGUGACAACCCACGCCCUUCGUUGCAUAGACAAGGCUGGUGGGAUCGAUGAGUACCUGCUGAAAACACCUUACCGCAAAAUGGACACAGAAACAGGUCUCUUCUGGAAAACCAAAAUUGAGAAGCUUUAUGGAGAACUUGGGAACACUGAGGUCCUCUUCUUUUCACCUGAGGAUGAAGCCAAGUUUGAACAGGAAUUCAAAGAAAUGAAGAUAGCUGAGAGGGCAGCUCGUAGUGAAGCUAGGAGAAGGGCAUCUGGUUGGCCAGAUAAACUAAAGCAGAUUGAAGGAGGAGCAGACACCAAAGAAUGGAGAUCACAUGAUGUUGGAGAUCAUGAGAAUGAAAAAUUUGCUAAUUUGUAAGUCUUGCUUGAUGUUGCUUAGACUUCAAUCAGUUUUGUUUUUCCCUCCAUAAUUUAAUCAUAAUUUUGUUGUGUUGUUGAGAAAACAAGUCAAUAUAUUUUAGAAAUAACAAGGAUUUUGUUGUUGUAUAUAUGUAUAUGAAUCUUAAAUAUUUAAUUUUAGUUCUAUUUUGCAAA